GAGAAGAGACAGAGAGAGGAAAGGAGAGGCGCAGCUACAAAACCAGGGAAUUCUGCCGGUGAGUGAGAAGUUUCUGCUGUUCCUCGGGUUGUUCCUCUCUCGGCUGGUCAGGAGGACAGCAGCACAGCUCCAGCACACACAGGGACAGCAGGGGACAUUUUUAAAAGAAGCUGACAACAGGAUGAGUGUGUGAAUGUACAAGGUCAGCCAUCUGUCCAUCCAUCAUCCCUCCAUCCUCGGCCUCAGCAUGAAGUGGAGCCUCACGCUGCCCCAUGACCUUCGACACACACCCUGACUGAAAGACGGAGCUGAGCGACGGCACUGACGAGUCCACGAGAGGAGACGCUGUGUAACGCUGGAGCUCAAGGACAAACCAUGGACUCUGCAGACCAACCACCACACCUGGGCGUCCACAAUGUUCCUUGCUAGUCUUCUAGUUCUGAUGACCCUGCUGCUGCCUCCAGCCUUGUCAGGUCACCAGGGAGAUUCUGCUCUCUCUGAUGGGAUCCCAGGAAACUCUCUGGAGCCCAGUUUGGCCCAGACCAUCCAGAACCUCCUAUUGACCCGACUGGGCCUACAGUCUUAUCCUAACCCUCGCCCAGGUGCGGUGGUACCUCAGUAUCUCCUGGACCUCUAUCGCUUCCACACACAGCAGUACCACCUCGUAGAAGAUUCAGAUUUCAGCUUUCCUGUGGAGCACGUACAAGGUGCCAACACGGUCCGCAGCUUCCACCAUGCAGUGUCUUCAGACCUUCACAACCCUGUUGAAAAGAGUGACAGGAUCCAUAUAACUUUUAACCUGUCCUCUAUUCCUUCGUACGAGAAUGUGGUCUCAGCAGAGCUGCGUUUUCUGCGUGGAGGAACACGCCGGGGUUCAAACCCUCACACCAUCAGCCUGUAUGUCCCCGGUGCCAACACUGAGCCCAAACUUCUCCAUUCACGACAGCUGGUUAGAGAGACCUCGGGGUCUUGGGAGGCUUUUCCUCUGAAUGCAGACCUGUUUCAGGAGUUGUCCAAUAGUGCAGGGAAAGUGACCUUUAUCUUGGAAGUGAUGUCAGAUAACAGGAGUCACAGUGUGGAGAACAUGGACCCAGAUGGACACUUAAGAGUGCGCAGGUCUGCAGGUGAAGAUGACUACAGCUGGGCACGGCAGAGACCACUACUGGUCACUUACAGCCAUGAUGGGCGCAGUGAACCGUUCAUUCCCUUUGGAAAGAAGACCUCCAGGGGUAGGAGGGGAGGUAGCAGGGCUAAAAAGCUCAGAGGUCAGGGGUCACAGGUAAGCUGGCGUGAUGUGUGGACAGACAGGAGGGUAAAGAGGAAUAACGCUGGUCGAGCAGCCAAGCUGAAACGCCUGUCUCGCUCUCGAUGCCGACGCCAUCCCCUCUACGUGGACUUCAAAGAGGUCGGGUGGAACAAAUGGAUUGUAGCACCGACUGGUUAUGACGCCUUCUUCUGUCUGGGUGAGUGCCGCUUUCCUCUCGCCGACCACAUGAACUCGUCCAGCCACGCCAUGGUGCAGACGCUGCUGAACUCGGUUAAUGGAGCUGUGCCUCGAGCCUGCUGUGUGCCCACGGCCCUCAGUCCCAUCGCACUCCUUUACCUGGACAAGGAAGAUCAUGUGGUGUUGAAAAACUAUCAGGAUAUGGUAGUGGAGGGCUGCGGCUGCCGGUAGCAAGGGAUAGACAAAAAGGCAAAAAAAACCAAAACAAAACAUGAAAACAUGGAAGAGCAAAUGGAUGAAAAAAGAAACAUCACAUUCUACAAGUCCUAAAUGAAACUUUGAGGACUUUCCCACAAACCUCCAGCUCCAAGCAUUAAGUUCCUGUGCAGAAGUGGUUUGUUCACAGAGCAGUGCAAAUCUGAUUUAUUUCUCAAAUCCAGUUUUCACAUUCUCAGGGCUAAAUAUAUGUGCGUUUGCAGUGCAUUGAAGUUCUUUGUCCAAGGCUGAAGCUAAUCACUAAUCAGAUCACUAAUCACGGUGCCUGGGGUGUUAAUAAACGAGCAGAAUAUGGAACGAGUCCCACUUCCAAAAGUCCCACCCUCAUUACACAAUCUGCCCACAUACUCACUCUGCGUGCAAAAGAAUCCAAGUUUAAUAUACAUACACUAUUUGUUUUUAUUUUUUAAAUAAUCCCACACUGGUGGUGUAUCUUUACUUUCCUUCAUUAUCGCUUUUGUUUUAUGUUUUUAUUUAUCUAAUUUCUAAUCUCAAGAAGCAACGCGCACAAAAUUCCCCCAAAAGAAAAACUAAAUUAAUUAUUUCGGUUCAUUUUUAUUUUUAUUUUAGCACUGUUAACACUCGACCUUAUCGCAAAGCAGAUUUACAGAAAUGUAGAUUUACAGUGAGAUAACGAGAAUGAAGAAACCCAUCAAACCUUCAAGAGUGUCUCACACACACACACACACACACACACCUUCAAAACACUUCCAAAUGUGUGUUGUAGGGUGUUACGCAUCACCAUUCUCCCAAUCUGUAUUUGGCUUUAAACCCAAAGUGGGUGUGGCCUAAACUGGAAGGAUUUUUUCGUUUUUUGAAUGCUAGCACACGCCGCCCUCAGAAACACUGGAACACUGGUGUGUGAAUUGCGGCUGUGACUCUCUGAGUUCCUCGGCCUACUGUACUCGCUCUCAUCUACACGUGUGUGUGGGACUGUCUCUGUAACCCACUCACACUGUCAGUGUUUUUAUUUGAACCUGCGCACCUUAUUUUCUAAGCAGAAGUGAAGCUGAGUUUCCCGAAAGCAUCGCAAAGAUCAGAUUACCUUCACUGGGAGAGAGAGCGUUCAACAUGAUGCUCGCUUGACCAUUCAGCGAUGAUCUUUGUGUCUCAAAACUCAAGGCAGUUUAGUUCAUAGCCAUGACUCUGAGCAGGCAGUAACUAAGGAUGAAUAAAUAAACGCUGUGCAUCACACAGCACCACACGCUCACGUUAAUGGUCCUGUUAAUGUAAGUGCUCUUUUGUCCUGUGGUUUGUCCCAUGAGCUUCACAUCUGACCGCUUUCUCAUGACCACAUGAAAACAAACCCAUCCAGCUUGCGUGACCUUUUUGUUGCGAUCCUGGUCCUGAUUCACACCUCCAGUCUGAUCCAGAUGCCCUGUCAACCUUUCUGACAUCCGACUUUCUAAUCUUUGGUGUCUGUAUUUGUGUCUGUUUUGAACACACUAUCUGUUCCACCUGAGUAACGGACUCGUAUUCAGUUACAGUUAAAUGUUUUAAAGAUCUGAGUUGAGCUGCGUCUCUGAGCAAAGGUGAUGUCUCUGCGUGUUGUCCUCCUCAUGACUCGUCCAGCUUCCUGUUCUGUGCUGUAAAAAUGACUGCGGCUCUAUUUGUCUCCGUCUGCAUUCGUCUGCACUGUUGUGUACUUCCUGUUCCUGUUUCGCACCUUCUCCUUCCUCUCAGUAGCGUCAGGUCACUACAGCGGAAAUGUGGAGCUUCUCGAUAAAGGACAUUAGACACUUCAGUGGACUUCAAUGUGAAAAGAAGCCACAUGUCAAGUUCACUAUAUUCACAAAUAAUAAUCUAAAGGAUGUGCAAUUACAGAAAAGACUGGAACACAAGCACUUCUGAAGAUAUUUCAGUAAACCUGACACUAAUGUUUCAGUAACUAUACUAUUGUUUGAAUGUAGCCGUAUUAUUAUUAUUAUUAUUUAUGGUGUUAUGUUAAUUUACAUUGCAGUCAAAGAAAAUGUCACAGUUGCUAAGCAAAUAGUAUCUUAAAGUAAAUCUAAUUUAAGAGAGCAUAUAUAUCUAUAUGUAUAUCUAUUUAAAUAUCAAGUACAUAUUUAAUCUUGAUGAAUAUUGCAGAUCCUCAUAAAUACACUGAAGGUCAUGUGUUCAUUUCUGUAUGAAACCGAGUCGUCGAACCAUCGUGGUUCCUGUAAUGUCCAGCUGUAAACAGUGACCAUCUCAGUUUAGUGACAGUAAACGUCGAGUUUAGUAACAGUAUCAUACGAGCAUACAGGAAACUGUUCUGCCAAACGCAGCCCUGAAGCUGUGAAACGCUGAAACGCUGAAACAAUGAAACAGUUCUCAUCAGCUUGUAUAUUUGUCUUUUAAAAAAGUGAAAUCUAUUACAAGUGGAAAAAAUCCAACUCCAUGCUGGUGCACGAUGUUCAGGUCACUAAAAUGUUCUGAUGAUCUCCUGAUUCCUUCACCGCCGCGACGCCUCUGAGCUGCUUUUACACAACCGUCUGUGGAAAUGUCUGAUAUCUGAAGAUGUGAAAUGCAAAAAAAUAAAAAUAAACAGAAAACUGAUCUCA